AUGGUCGCAGCAAGAUAUGAACUCAAUCCAACAUUCCAAGUGAACUUGAAAGUUGCCCUUUGUGGUGGGGGUCAACCAUGGUGUGGACAGGCCGAGGAUCUUGGAGAAGAUAAACAUUCUAAAGAUAAAGAUUUUCUGGAGAAAUAUGCUUUAGAGAGAUGGGAGUCGGUUCUUCAUUUUUUGACUGGUUCAUCGCCACCUGAAGGAAUAGUUGGUAUCAGCACGGACAUAGUUCAAGUUCUUCUUCUGGCUGGAUUAAUGAAAAGAGAUAAUGAAGAAAAGACACCAAUGAUCACACCUUCAGGAUUUCAAUUCUUACUCAUGGAUACCUCAUCUCAAAUUUGGUACUUCAUGCUCAAGUGCUUGGAUAUGGCAAAGGAUUAUCCCACAGACAACAUGACAGAAUCUCAACUUCACUUCUUGCAGCAUCUUAGAGAAAUUGGAUUGGUUUUCCAACGAAAGCGAAAAUCCAGACGCUACUAUCCAACUCAUCUUGUCAUUAAUCUGGCUUCAGCAAGUACAGGCGUAUCAACAACAUCAAAUGAUGGAACAGCUGAGGGUUACAUUAUGGUUGAAACAAACUAUAGAGUUUAUGUUUACACUGAUUCACCACUUCAAGUUGCUCUUGUUGGUUUAUUCUGUGAAAUAAUAUGUCGGUAUGUCGUGGCUCUUCUUAGUGGUAUUAAUGCUAACCAGACGCCUGUCAUUCCACCAAAUAUUGCCGAUCAAAUUCGUCUUUGGGAAUUGGAAAAAUGCCGAAUGCAACUAACCGAAGGAGUUCUUUAUAGUCAGUUUCUAUCUCUGUCCGACUUUGAAAUUUUGCGAAAAUAUGCCGAGGAUCUAGGUGUUUUAAUAUGGGCAAACUCUUCGAAGCGUGUGAUGAUCGUGAAUAAGUCGGGACACGACGAUGUUAAGAAAUUCUGGAAGCGACAAAAACCGAAGGAAUAA